AUGCAGUUUACUGUGGAUGAUUUUGAGAACGAUUUCGAUCUGAAAGAUUUCAUUGAGCGAAUCUCGCGUUCAUCAACCGGUAGCGGAAUUCGUGGCAAGCCGGAAUCUUUCAAUCCUCAAGCUUUGCAUGUAACAUUUGAAGAAGCUAUUGAUAGCUUACAAAGUGUAUUAAAAAGCACAGAAAAUAGAGUUAAUGCAAUAGAAGAAACUUGCAAAACUGAAGAAUAUGAACAUCGCAAGCGAUUACAAUCACUGCAAAAGGCCUUAGAUACUGCCAUUGAUCGUUUUGAAGAUCUGGAUCAACGUGUAAACUUUGUAGCGACGAAAGUUGUCCAUGUCGGUGAUCAAUUAGAAGGGGUUAAUAUGCCCAGAUCCCAUGAUGUCGAGGCACAAAAGUUAAUGUCCUACUUUUCUGAAUACAUGGCAGACAGAGAUCCACUGGUUAUCGUUGUUGAAGAUCCUAACAAACCAUAUCCAAUGCACUAUAUCAAGGUUGCCGAAGCAGCGGAUAUCAUUCAAAACUUAUAUCAUCUAUCUCAAGAUCUGCCUACCGAGGGAUUUGAAAAUGUCAAAAGCAGAAUAAAUGAAAAAUACAAAGAAGUUGAAAACCGAUUGAAAUGUGAAUUUGCGGUAGCACAUCAAGCAAAAGAUGUCAAGAAAAUGAAGGAUAUUUCCAAUACUUUAGCACCAUUCAAGGGAUAUAAUCAAUGCAUAGAAGAUUUCAUUACCGCUUGUCAAAGGAAUCAAUUUACCUCGGUCAACGCAUUUGAUGAUAUUUUACGAAUUUGCGAACGAGCCUACGAUAUUAUUAAGGAAGUUUUUAGCGAUUAUAAUCAUAUUAUGGCAACUCUAGUUGAAAAUAUCUUUGAUGGACAUGUCAAGGAAUACGUCCAUACAAAUCUUGAUAAACUUUACCAAAAUGACAAAGAAAAAUAUUUGAAAUCCCUCUAUGAUUACUAUGACAGAUUUCACAAAGUCACCAGUAUAAUCACUAAAAAGUAUGACUUAAGUUCAGAGGUCAGCAUUGUAAAUAAAAGCAAAAAGAGCAUAUUUGGUUCAUACAUGGAAGACUAUAUUAGUGUUGAAGUAAAACAUUUGCGAGAUAUGUUUGAUAAUUCUAUAUCGUCGUACUACUCGUCAAUUGGUCAUCAAAAAAGGCAAAUUGCAACCGGAGGACUCUCUCAAGCAUUCCUAAAACGUUCAACUGAUACAAGUGGUAUAGGAGAUGAAUCUUUAGUCUCUCAAGAAGUAGCAAUUAAUAUGUUAUCCGAAAGUCGAAAUGCCAUUUUACGAUGUCAUCUGCUUGCACCGAAACUGAGCUUACCAAAUUAUAUAUGGCAGAUUUUUGAAGUUCUACUUGAAAAACUAUGUUUAGACCAUAUUAGUUAUGCUAUUGAUAUCAGUCUCCAAAUGAUUCCCAGCUCGUCUCCUAAUACGCAGCCAGAUGGCCGUUUUUACGAUGUUUCCGGACAAGCAAACGCAAUUAUUCAAUUAUUAAAAAAACAUUUCAACGAAAAUGUUUUGCCUGUUAUUGGGUCUACCGCAAUUUACGAUAGUAGUAUCCAAAAAAGAAAUGCCAUAUUACAACAACUAGAAGAAAAAAUUGAUCAGGGACUUGAAAAAUCUGUUCAAGCAGCGAUUAGUUGGUUAAAGCAUAUACUGUCAACUGAACAAAAGAAGACUGACUUUAGACCAGAAGAUAGUAAGAUCGUCGUGGAAUUGACCACUCCUGCUUGUUCCAGUUGUAUUCAGUUUAUUAGACUACAAAGAAAGUUAAUAAAAAGUUGUUUAGAUGGUAAAAAUGUUGAGGAAGUAUUAAAAGAAUUUGGCGUACGAUUUCAUCGAAUUUUAUAUGAUCACUUACAACAAUUCGCGUACAACUCCAUGGGUGGAAUGUUUGCUUUAGCUGACGUUCACAGUUACCAAGAUUGCAUUAAAGAAUUCCAGAUACCAUUGUUAGAUAAAUUAUUUUCAACUCUACACGCACUAUGCAAGCUCUUAGUCACAAACCCAGAGAAUAUACGUCAACUUUGCUGCGAAGAACAACUGGCCUCCAUGGAUCGAAAUGUUUUACAGCAAUUUGCCAAUUUAAGAACAGAUUAUAAAACUGCUCGAUUAGCAAAGCACUUUCAGUGA